AUGCCAACAUACGUAGUCACCGGCGCAAGAGCCGGCAUCGGCCUCGGAUACAUCAAUCAACUAAGCAAAUCCCCCUCCAACACAGUCAUCGCCCUCGUCCGCUCCACCUCCCCUUCCUCUGCCACCUCCCUCUCAGCUCUCGAAGCCAUCCGAUCCUCCAGCGUCGCCACAACGCAUAUACUCGAAUGCGACGUCUCCUCCGAGGCAUCCAUCGCUGCGCUCCCCGGCCGGCUCUCAGCCGCCCUCGACAAGGGCCGUAGGGCGACGCCGGCCAAAGUGGACUUCCUCAUCAACAACGCCGCGACGCUGCAAUUUGCGCACCAGACGAGUUUGACCCUUGAUAAAGAGGGGUUGGAUGUGCACAUGGAGACCAACGUCCUUGGGCCGGCGAGGAUGGUACAGGUUUUGAUGCCGUUUUUGACUGCCAAGCGGGGUGACGAGGGUGAGAGCGAGGGCGAGGGCGGGGAGCGGAUCGCCGCGGUCGUCGCCAACAUCACCUCCGGCGCGGGAAGCCUGGGAUGGACCAGCGCCGGCCGCGUCGGGAUGCUGGCGGGCUACUCCAUCAGCAAGGCGGCGCUGAAUAUGCUGACGGUGCACCAGGCCAAGGAGUUGCGGGGCGAGGGGGUCGUCGCGGUGGCAGUCGAUCCGGGUCACGUCAAGACUGCUUCUGGGGGGCCUGGGGCGACGGUUGAGGUGGAGGAUAGUGCGCGGGGUAUAUUGUCGCUACUGGCUGGGCUCAAGGUUGCUGAUAGUGGGAGGUUCUUUUUGUAUAAUGGGACUUCUGUUCCUUGGUAG